AUGUCAUCACUCCCCCAGAUCGAGUUCACCCCCGAGGUGCUCGCCCGCAUCGCCCCCGAUGUGUUUCUCCAGCGACACUUGGACCUUGGCUACCGCCCCAACCUCCGCAAGUUCGACGAAUUCGCCCCCUUGGCCGUCACCACCGGCGACCUCACCGACUUGGCCCAUCGCGUCGUCGGGUCGCUGCUGGUGAAGAGCGGCUCCACCACCGUCAUUACCACCAUCAGUGUCAGUUUAUGUGAGGUCGACGGUACGGAAACUGGCGAGUUUGCUCCGGUAUACCCCGUGGUGGAGGUGCUCCGCGGCCGGCUGGGGGCACCCACCGACGAGGAGAUGGUGCUUAGCCAAGCGCUCUACGAACACUUAUACCAUGCCCACGUGGUGCUGAGGUCUUCGUUAUUGGUGGAACACCUCGGUUUAGCGGUUAACGACGCCGCCGACCCGGAAAAACCCCCGCAAAUCUACUACCCCGACCUCAACCCCGAUGAGUACCAACUCCUCUCCCAACACCCCAAACGCUAUACCUACGUGUUGCACGCCUACGUCAAGGUGUUCUCCAAGCAAACGACGACGCUGUCGGUGUACGAUCUCUGCUACUUGCUGAUUUUGCGGGCCCUUCAACUGACUAAGCUUCCGCGAGUAUACGUGCUGGAAGCCGCCAGCGUCACUCGCGUAGUGCGUCAUAGAAUGACUACCAAGCGGGGCGUGGUGCUGAGUGCUGCUGGUGUUCUCAAUUUGGACACUAAUCAAGAGUUAUUGGUGCCAUUGCCCGUACAAGACGGAGGGGUGCUGGCGAACUUUGGUGUGGUUAUUCACAAAGAGGAACCGGUGCUUCUUUGUGAUUUGUGUGGCGAGGCGGAGGAGGCGCUGGUGACGUCGAGAAUCUCCGUCACUAGUAACCCCGAAGGCCGGUUGAAACGGGUAUCGAUCAUUGCUGGCGACUGCGCCAUUCCGUUGCCUAAGCUCAAACAAGCGAUUGAAUUGGCUACCACGAGGGCAAAGGUGGUAUCCCAAUUGUGA